AUGAUAUCAUCCGCUUCGCAGAGAAAAACAUGGUGGAAAUUGAAGAAGACAGUGAAAGUCGGAAGAUCCCAUCCAGCCUUCCCUUCCCUGAACGCCUGGGAAGAGUUCAAGAGCCUCUUGUCUGCGGAUGGGGAGCCGAACCCUGGCGUGGGCCUGGGUGUGGAGGAGGGGCUGCUCUGCCAGAUGCUUCACUCCUCAGAAUUCAACCUAUUUCCUGACUCAGUGGUGUUCGAAAGCAACUUUGUCCAGGUGAAAAAGAGCAGCAACUGGAUUGACAUCUACAAAGCCUGCUACACGUUGGCCCUUGGGGUGACCUCCUCUGUGCCCUGUCUGCCCCUUCCCAACAUCCUCCUCAUGGCCAGUGUCAGAUGGCCCCAGGGGCAGAGCCCGACGUGGAACAGACCAUCGACUGCCCCCAACAUCAUCCUAAAGAGAAUUCUCCCCCUGAAGUUUGUGGAGCUCCAGGUGUAUGACCGGGAGCACCGCGUCCUGCGGCUGAGGACCGUCACGGAGAAGAUCUACUACCUGAAGCUGCACCCGGACCAUCCUGAUGCCGUGUUCCACUUUUGGAACCGCCUGGUGCAGAUCCUGCAUCAGGGUCUAUCCAUCACCACCAAAGACCCGAGGAUUCUGGUCACUCACUGCCUGGUACCCAGGAACAGCUGUAGCCCCUCAGGAGACUCACAGGUAAUACAGAAGAAAUUUCAAGGCUCCCGUCCUAGCGAGAGCCUCUUGCAGCUGAUGGCCAAAGGGGAGAGUGAGGCCAUCUCUCAGAUUUUCGCCGACUUGCACCAGCGCAACCAGUUCAGGAGCUGCAAAAAGACCAAGACCAAAAAGGACAGAUCAGGAAAAGAUGGUCCCGAUGAAGACAGCAUCCCGUGCACCCCCGUCCUCAGCUGGAGGGACUCGUUCACCUAUGGAGAGUGGGAAAGAGAGAACCCCUCUGGGCCACAGCCCCUCUCCCUCCUCAGCACGCUAGCAGCCUGCACAGGGCCAAGGCUGACCCCACUCAUAGGAAAUUCUAUUUGAGCCGCCCAUUCACACUGCGACGGGUCCAUGCAGCCCUCACCUACGCCACACAGCAGCAUUCAGCUUCCUGAGGGACUCAUGGGAGGAAGGGGCGGAGAGAGCUGCAGUUAAGAAGAAACUCAAAUGAUCUUUAUCCUGAGAGCAGUGCCUUUUCUUGGAGAACAACCUAGCCCAAGACUCCGGAGGAGAAACCUUCGUCCAACGUUAUUCCAGUACCUGCCUCUGUGUUUGCUCCAUACACUAACCACCCUUCACCUCCCCCUCACCACCCAGCACAAGGAAACCAGGACCGGGAGAUGGGGGAAAGGAAAGAAAGGAACCGGGAGCAGAAGGAAGAAGAGGAAGAAAGCAAAACAGAGGUGAAGAGGAAGGCAGAGAGCGGAGAAGAAGAGAGAUACACAGAGAGGUGCUAAGAGAAGGAAGCAGAAGAGUCUUGGGCGAGAAGCUGAGAAGGAAGAGAGAAGAAACCCACCAGAGGCACGCCUCGCCACGAGUCUAUUUAUCUCAUU